AUGGAGUCCGCCGACCAAGUCCAGCGCAAGCAGUCCCUCGACGAGGUCGAAGAUCUUGAGAAGCCCACUCAGCACUCUGAGCGAGUUGACAAGGAGCUUGCCCAGUAUGUCUCUGAUGUCCGUAUUGACAUCAGCCCCGAGCGUAGCGCCCAGCUGCGAAAGAUGAUUGACAAGCGAGUCCUUCUCGUCAUGAUCUGUACCUACUUCCUACAGGCCAUUGACAAGGGCACUCUCUCGUUUGCCUCUAUCAUGGGUCUCACGGCCGACACUGGCCUGGAGAACCCAGACGGGACCAUCAGCCAAAACUUCUCGUGGCUCACUACAUGUAUCUACCUCGCGAUCCUCGUCGUCGAAUACCCCCAGAAUUGGCUCAUCUCUCGUGUCCCCAUUGCCAAAUACCUGAGCUUCUGCAUCAUCGCCUGGGGUGCUACUCUUGCCUGUCAUGCUGCCUGCAAGAACUUCACCAGCCUGGUCAUUGUGCGAACUCUCCUGGGUAUCUUUGAGUCGGCAUGCCAGCCAUGCUUCGUCAUCCUGUCUGCCAUCUGGUACCGCCGUGAGGAGCAGGCCUCUCGUGUCACCUACUGGUACAUGAUGAACGGAGCCCAGCAGAUCGUCGGUGGCCUCCUCGCCUACUGCUUCUCCCUCAUCAAGAGCGGCCCCCUCAGGUCAUGGCAGUGGCUAUUCCUCUCGUACGGUGUCAUCUCGGUCAUCUUUGGCUUCUUCGUUCUCUGGUGGAUGCCCGACUCUCCCAUGCGCGCCAAGUGCUGGACCGAGCAGGAGAAGCACGAGAUGGUUGAGCGCGUCCGCGACAACCAGACGGGUAUCCAGAACAAAACGUUCAAGAAGGAGCAGUUCCUCGAGGGUCUCAAGGACCCCCAGACCUACGGCUACGCACUCAUUUCUCUGUGCACCACCAUCCCUACGUCUGGUCUCGGUGCCUUUGCCAACAUCAUCAUCAAGAGCUUCGGCUUCAGCACCCUUGAGACUCAGCUCCUUGCUAUGGUCUUGGGCUUCUACAUCAUCAUUGUGCUGCUGUCAUCGGCUUGGCUUGUAAAGAAGACUAAUCAGAACCUUCUGGUUAUGCUUGGCUUCUGUGUCCCGUCCUUCGUCGGCACCAUUCUCCUCAUGACUAUGCCCAACCGGACCUUUUCCCAGCACGUCGGUCUCCUCAUCUGCUACUACAUCACCCUCUCCUUCUGGUCCGCCCAGACUCUCGGUCUCUCCAUGAUCUCGCGAAACACCGCCGGUCAGACCAAGAAGACAGUCGUUGUCGCAUUCAACUUCAUCAUCUGGGCCGCCGGUAACGCCAUCGGCCCCCAAGUUUUCCUCUCUCACGACGGCCCCCGCUACUUCAUCGCCUUUGCCACCCACCUGGGUUGCUACAGUCUUCUGGUCAUCGUCAUCCUCGCUCUACGAUGGCACCUGCGCCGUGAGAACCGUCGCCGCGACGAGAUGGCCGCCGCGGGCAUUGCCGAGGCAAGUGUCGACGCCACGGCGCGCGCUUGGGAGGAUCUUACGGACAAGGAGAACCUGAGCUUCCGCUACGUCUACUGA